CAGUGAAAAAAUAUCUCAACCCACUACACUCUACACUCUGUGGUUCAUCCGACUUAUACUGUGUCGUUUUUUCCUUUUGCCUUAAGACUUGAGAGCUCGUUAGCCAUAGCACGUUGCUUCGUUGAAACGCCACGUCCAUUCCCUCUCAAUUCAAGUCUACUAGUCUUUCAGUUCUUCUCUAGUCCGGUACAAAAAAACGUAGUCUCACUUUUCCCUUUUCUGGGAAUUAGGGUUUUCAAAUUUGCUAAAUAAUUUGAAAUUGCAAUGGAUGUAGAAAAUGAAACAAGGGAAGGCUCUGUUUCCUCUGUUAUUUUUGAAUCUUUGGAAUCUACCCAGGAGGGAGAUAAGCUUUCAGAUGAGGAUUUGGCUUGGGUCAAUUCUUGUCUGGUUACAGAUACUGAAAUUUUGGAACGUAAUUGGACUUCUUUCAAAGAUGUUUUGCUGGAGAUCAUUGGUGACCAACCUGAGUCGCUUGACUCUUCUGCAACUGGAAGUGAUGGUUUUGCUGGAGGAACUGAAAUCAAGAUAGUUCCUUCCAUUGAGGAGGCAAAGACAGCCUAUUACUCAGGAAGAACUGAUGACAAUCUCGUUGUCAUUCCAAUUAAUGGAGACACUGAAACAAACACCAAUAAUGUUCCAAUCAAAUGGACUCAUAAUCUGUUGCAAUUUUAUAAGGAAGAUUCCUCUGAAACAUUUCUGGGAGAUCCUUUCCUGUCUACCUACAAUGAGGAUGAGAGAAAGGGUGCAGCUAUUGAUUUAGGACUUCAAUUGAGUUUAUCUACAGAGGAGACGAAUGGAUCAACUGUAGAUAUCUUCAGGGUCUGGGAUUUGGACAUUCCAGUUGAGGAGGAUGAUCUUAUUAAACAGUUGAACAAGGCCAUUGCAGAGACUUCCUUUCAAUCAAUGCCAUCAGCUUUUGAUGAUUCAACUGCAUGGAAAGACUUGAAAGAUGAGCCACUAGAUGAUUUAGUUGCUGGCAUUGCAGAUCUGUCUUUAAAUACUAAAAGUGUUAGUUAAUUUGUCUGACCAUAUUAGAAUCUAGGCAUAUACAUGUGUAGAUUGCCAAGAUCCGUGUUGCUGGGUUCUUAUGACAUCAACAAUGAGGUAAUAGGCUUUUCUUUGUUUCAUCAGUUUAAGAUGACCCUUCGUUUUGCAAAGGAUUUGAAAUUAGACCAACUGUUCACAUAGAAUUGCAAAUGUUGAAUCCGUAUAUUGUUUCAUUUGGUUCAUGCUCUUAUCUUUAAGAAAUAACAUUCAAUAGGUUUAAAGUUCGAGUCUCAAU